GUAUCCCCUUUCACACAGGCGGCAGCCUCUAUCACUACUCUGUGGCAGGUCCCUCAUGGUGUCUUGCUGAGAGGGCCUGAGCCUUUCAUUCUACAUAUAAAAAAACCGGGCAACCGGCAAAAAAAACAGCAAAAGCCUCUAGUAGGCACAAAAGACAUAUUCUAGCCUCCUUUCCCACCACAUUUUUGCGUCGCCGCCAACUGGCCGUGCGUCCUAAGUGAAAAAUGGCAACGACUGAAGCCGGCGCUCCGGCCGCCCAGACUACCUCCACCCCGCUGGCGAACUCGUCGCUGUACGUGGGAGACCUGGAGAAGGAUGUCACCGAGGCCCAGCUGUUCGAGAUGUUUUCCUCGGUUGGCCCUGUGGCCAGCAUCCGUGUGUGCCGCGAUGCUGUGACCCGUCGCUCCCUGGGCUACGCCUACGUGAACUACAACAGCGCUCUGGACCCCCAGGCUGCUGAUCGCGCCAUGGAGAACCUGAACUACGCUGUCCUGAACGGCAAGCCGAUGCGCAUCAUGUGGUCGCACCGCGACCCCUCGGCCCGCAAGUCGGGUGUCGGCAACAUCUUCAUCAAGAACCUGGACAAGACCAUCGAUGCCAAGGCCCUGCACGACACUUUCUCUGCCUUUGGCAAGAUUCUGUCUUGCAAGGUGGCCACCGAUGCCAACGGUGUGUCGAAGGGCUACGGUUUCGUGCACUUCGAGGACCAGGCCGCUGCCGAUCGCGCCAUCCAGACGGUUAACCAGAAGGAGAUUGAGGGCAAGAUCGUGUACGUGGGCCCCUUCCAGAAGCGCGCUGACAGGCCCCAGGGCAAGGACGUGUACACCAACGUGUUCAUCAAGAACAUGCCGGCCGACCUGGGCGAUGACGAGCUGAUGAAGAUGGCCUCUGAGUUUGGCGACGUCACCAGCGCGGUGGUCAUGAAGGACGACAAGGGCGGCAGCAAGGGCUUCGGCUUCAUCAACUUCAAGGACGCUGAGAGCGCGGCCAAGUGCGUGGAGAGCCUGAACGAGAAGGAGCUGAACGGCAAGGUGCUGUAUGCCGGCCGGGCCCAGAAGAAGACUGAGCGCGAGGCGAUGCUGCGCCAGAAGGCCGAGGAGAGCAAGCAGGAGCGCUACAUGAAGUACCAGGGCAUGAACCUGUACGUCAAGAACCUGUCCGACGAGGUGGACGACGACUCCCUGCGUGAGCUCUUUGCCAACCUGGGCACCAUCUCCUCGUGCAAGGUGAUGAAGGACGGCACCGGCAAGUCCAAGGGCUUCGGCUUCGUGUGCUUCACCAGCCACGAUGAGGCCACCCGCGCCGUGACGGAGAUGAACGGCAAGAUGGUGAAGGGCAAGCCCCUGUAUGUGUCCCUGGCUCAGCGCAAGGACGUGCGCCGCGCGCAGCUGGAGGCCAACAUGCAGGCCCGCAUGGGCAUGGGCGCCAUGAGCCGCCCCCCGAACCCGAUGGCCGGCAUGGGCCCCUACGGUCCGGGCGCUAUGCCGUUCUUCGCCGCCGGCCCCGGCGGCAUGCCUGCUGGUCCCCGCGCCCCCGGCAUGAUGUACCCGGGCCCCAUGAUGCCGCCGCGCGGCAUGCCUGGUCCGGGCCGUGGCCCCCGUGGCCCCAUGAUGCCGCCCCAGGCCGCCGCCUACGGCCCCAUGAUGCCCCCGAUGGGCCCCGCUCGCGGCCGUGGUGGCCGCGGCCGUGGCCCCAUGAUGACCAUGGGCCCGUACCCCGGCCCCAGCCCGGCGGAGUUCCAGCAGGGCGGCUUCCAGGGUCGCGGCCGUGGCCGUGGCGCUCAGGGCCGCGGCCAGGGUGCUGGCCGUGGCCAGGGCCGCAACAACGCCAACCAGCAGGCCGCUGCCAAGACCGCUGAGGCCCCGGCCGCUGCUGCCGCCGCUGCCCCGGCCCCUGCUGCCGCUGCGCCCGCUGCCGCCGCUCCUGCCCCCGCCCCGGAGCCGGAGGUGCCCGCUGCCCAGCAGCCGCUGACCGCCGCCGCUCUGGCCGCCGCCGCGCCCGAGCAGCAGAAGAUGAUGAUUGGCGAGCGCCUGUACCCGCAGGUGUCUGAGCUGCAGCCCGACCUGGCCGGCAAGAUCACUGGUAUGCUUCUGGAGAUGGACAACGCCGAGCUGCUGAUGCUUCUGGAGUCCCACGAGGCGCUGCUGUCGAAGGUGGAUGAGGCUAUUGCUGUGCUGAAGCAGCACAACGUCAUUCCCGAGGGCGCGCAGCAGGCCUAAAGCGCUCAUUGCGAUCGCUGACUGUGGGUCUGCGCAGCCGCCCAGCUUUGGUGUCCUUAUCAACGGGAGGCUUUAGGUUUGGCAGCUGGCAGCGCGGGCAGUACAGCAGCGGUGGUAACAGGCGCGGCGGUCGACGGCGAUCAUCGGGGUGACGUGAAGGCGUUUUAAUGUGCAGCGACGCGGCGUUGGCAGCGGCGGCCCUUGCGUCAGGUUGCGCUGGCGACACGCUACUGAACGGAUUUCAACUGCAGGGGCGAUGGUGUCAGCGCAGCGUGGUCGUGGUGGCUGCACGUGUAACAGCGUGGCGGGUGCUCUGCAAGGGGCGUUCCCGCGCGCUGCCGGUGCAAUGCGGAGAAGCAUGUUUGGGCUGCUUUCCUGUCUCGUAACGUCUUACCUAGCGGCGAGACAGUGUUGUUGCGCAGCACCUUUUGGUGCCGGCUACGCUUUGGAUUGGUGGUGGAGGGUGCUGCACGUGAUGAUAGGGGAAAAAAUCUACCGAGAGUUGCGGCAGGCUAUCCUUGCAAUCGUUUGUGGAAGGUGUGAACGGUUAUCCGCAGGACAAGAUGGUUGAACCCAUCAUGCCUUGGCGGUAACGCUGACGCAGUUGCGGCUGGUUAAUUCUGAACGUUGAGAGCCGUUCCUUUACACUUGCGCUAGGCAUUCUAGCCUGUAAGCCCCAAGCCCUUUACGGCAAUUAUAUCUUCUCCGGCAUGGUUACCAUACUAGGCAACAUUCAGCUGUUGACACCACAGCAUAUGUGUUUCACUUUGCUAUCCCCCCAACGACUACUAGAAAUGGCUCGUUGCCACAAGAGCACCAGAUAAGGGAGCGUAGGCACUGUCAAGUUGUCAACAUUUAAUCAGCUUAAGCUGCAAGAACGCUAUCCUCCUUUCCCCCGACACCCCCCUUUAAUCCUCCAAACAGUCACUGCACACCCCUUCCUUCCCCAGUCCUCCAACUUCCACUGCACC